CGCAAACACAGAGUAGCUUCCCCGUUUAUCGGUUGAUCAAUGCGGCGGUGGACUUCUGCCUCUCGUCUCCUGGCUUCAUUUAAUAUUUCUAACAGUUACCCACAUUUAUGAGUGAUUGAUUCAGCGUCAUGACGGCCAACAGCCGCUGUUCCGCCGCAGCCCCGGGCCUGGACACCCAGCGGCGGGAGAUCGAGUCUCUUCUGCGGGAGUGGGAGCUCCGCGCUGGGGACAGUUGGUACGUGGUGGAGCGUCGCUGGUAUGAACAGUGGAAGGAGUUUGUGGAGACCGGAGACCAGAACUCGUCAUCUUUCCCCGGUCAGAUCGACAACACUGAGCUGUUUGAGGACCUGGACUCGUACCACCUGAAGGAGCGCCUGGUGGAGAACGAGGACUUCAUGUUGGUGCCGGCUGAGGCCUGGCACAAGCUGCUCGCCUGGUAUGGCAUGCUGGAGGGGCAGCCGCCGCUGGAGCGCAAGGUGGUGGACCUGCCCAGCACCCUGAAGGUGGAGGUGUACCCCGUUGAGAUAUUCCUCUGUCUCCAUAGCAACAUGGAGAACGUCAUCACCGCCCAGUUCAGCCGCACGGACAGCAUACACUCGAUCCAGAGGGCGAUGUGUGAGGCGUUCUCGGUGCCUCCGGGCUCAGAGUGCCGUCUGUGGAUGAAGAGUUCGGACAGCACCUGCGAGCGCCUCAGGAACGUUCACGUGAGCGUGCUGGAUGCCUGUCUGAGCUCCGCCAUGACGGUGAUUAUGGAGACGAGAAAUGCCGAUGGCACCUGGCCGAGCUCCAGGCCUCAAAUCAUGAGGAACUCGGUGGAGGAGCAGGACUCGUACCGAGGACAGCCGGGGGUCUGCGGGCUCACCAACCUGGGCAACACCUGCUUCAUGAACUCUGCACUCCAGUGUCUGAGCAACACCCCCCCUCUGACGGAGUACUUCCUGCAGAGCUCCUACCUGGAGGAGCUGAACUUCACCAACCCUCUGGGCAUGAAGGGAGAGAUCGCCGAGGCCUACGCCGACGUCAUCAAACAGAUGUGGUCCGGCCGCCACUACUCCGUGGUGCCGCGCGUCUUCAAGACGAAGGUGGGCCACUUUGCGUCUCAGUUCCUGGGGUACCAGCAGCACGACAGCCAGGAGCUGCUGUCCUUCCUGGCGGACGGUCUGCACGAGGACCUGAACCGGGUCAAAAACAAAGAGUACAUCGAGCUCCGAGACGCCGAGGGACGACCGGACCAGGAAGUGGCGGAGGAGGCGUGGCGUAACCACCGCCGGCGGAACGACUCGGUGAUCGUCGACACGUUUCACGGCCUCUUCAAGUCCACGCUCGUCUGUCCAGAGUGCCACAAAGUCUCCGUGACCUUUGACCCCUUCUGCUACCUGAGCGUCCCACUUCCUGUCAGCAAGGAGCGCGUCAUGGAGGUCUUCUUCGUCUCUCUGGACCCCUACGCCAAACCUGCACAGCAUCGUGUUGUGGUUCCUAAGACAGGAAAAGUGUCUGACCUCUGCACUGCCCUGUCCCGAGAUACCAGCGUACCUCCUACACAGAUGGUGGUCGCUGAUGUGUUCAACCACCGUUUCUACAAGAUCUACAACACCGAUGAGUCUCUGAGCUGCAUUCUGGACCGAGACGACAUCUUUGUGUACGAGCUGAGCGAGCUGGAGGAGCACCAGGAGGAGCAGGUGUUGCUGGCGCUCUACCUGAGGGAGCGCUCUCACUACAGAGACUACGGCUCCGGCAGCAGCUCGUACGGCACCUCGCUGUUCGGACACCCGCUGCUGCUCAGCGUGCCGAGAGGCUGCUGCAGCCGAGAGGAGCUCUACACUCUGUUCCUACAGAGGCUGGCGCGUUAUGUGCGUCCUCCUGAUCCCUCUGAGGAGUUGGAGGAAGAGGAGGAAGAGGAGCUGUACAAGACUCAGACCAAUGGGAUCAGUGACGAGGAGGAGCAGGAUGACGGAGAGAAAGCCGGACCCUCUCAGACCCGAACCUCAGAACCCAGCUCUGGUGAUGCACCGGCAAACAGCCAAUCAGACGACACCACCACCACCACCGAGCCCCGCCCCCUUGCCAACCACACGCAGCCCCCCCCGGCCCAGGGCGACUCGGAGACUAACGGACCCCCGGACCAGAGUGAGCCCGGCUGCAGCUCUGAGACUAACACCCCCCCCCCCACUGAGGGAGAGAAACCCUGCGAGGAAGAGAGCAAGACCUCCGACAGCAGCUCAGAGCCUCCAGCCCAGCAGCCAUGUGAGACCACAGAAGAAGAAAAAGAGGAAGACAAGCAGGAGGAGGCGUGUUCUCCCAGCCCUCCAGCCAAUGAGCAGCCAGGGAAGAGGAAGGCGUGCUGUAAGAGGAGGAAGAGUCUGUUCACCAUCCAGGCGGUCAACUCCAACGGGACGACCGAGAGAGGGAUGGGAGAGGGGGGGAGCGCCGUGUCCUUCAGCUCUCAGCCCUACGUGGCCAUCGACUGGGACCCUGAGAUGAAGAAGAGAUUCUACAACGAAAACGAGGCCGAGAAGUACGUGAAACACGGCAGUAUGGAGGUUCCUCAGCAGCAGACCACUGUCCAGCUGCAGGAGUGCAUCGAGCUGUUCACCACCAUGGAAACACUGGAGGAGGAGAACCCAUGGUACUGUCCGGUGUGUAAGAAGCACCAGCUGGCCACGAAGAAGCUGGACCUCUGGUUCCUGCCCGAGGUUCUCAUCAUCCACCUGAAGAGGUUCUCCUACACCAAGUUCACCAGAGAGAAGCUGGACAGCAUCGUGGACUUCCCCCUGAGAGAGCUGGACUUCUCCGGCUGCCUCCUGAGGAAGAGUCAGUCCAAUGGGGAGCCUCCGAGCCGCUACGACCUCAUCGCUGUGUCCAAUCACUACGGAGGACUCAGAGACGGCCAUUACACCAGCUACGCGCGGAACAAAGACAACGGUCAGUGGUAUUACUUUGACGACAGCAAGGUGACGUACGCCAGAGAGGAUCAAAUCGUGACCAACGCUGCUUACGUCUUGUUCUACCAGCGGCAAGACAAGAUCAGAAAACCCACUCUGCCCGCCCCCAACACAAGCCCCGCCUCCUCCAGCCAGCCCGCCAACGACAUCACUUCCUGUAAGGACGAUGACAUCACUCCCUGUAAGGAAGACGACGCAGAGCUCGGCGCCGCCGCUGCCGCCGCCUCCUCCUCCUCCUACGUCACCAUGGAAACAGACUAAAUUAAUCCUCAAGGUUUAGUUUCAUUUUUACAGUAAUAAGGUUUUUUGUUUUUUUUCAGAACAGGCCUGUGAUUGAUUUUUCUUUCCAACAACACUUGAAUUUUCUCUGAUUCCCCCCCCCCCCCCCCAAGAUGGACACUUGGUACUCGGGUAGGUUUGAGACGUACUCUUUAUUGGUGAUCAGGUCUUUAGGUCUUUGUUUAUGAAACCUGGAAGAACUACAGACUUUUACAGUGUUUCAUUAUAAUCACAUUAAAUGACUCAUUAUACAAGUACAGAAAAAUCUAAAUAAGACCUUUCAACUUCCCACUUCAUAAUUUGAUCUCUUGAUACUGUCUCAAAAAUAAAGAAAUGUAGACGUCAUCAUUGGUUCCUCAUUUAAAAACAUAAUUUUAAUCUAAUUUUAGGUAUUUUUUAAACUGUUAAUACUUGUAGAGAUUAUAAUAAACACUGUAGAAGUCUAUCAGUAUUCAAGUGCACACACCAGGUUCCUUAUUUGAUGAGAAAAGCUUAAGGAUUGCAGUUAAAUAUCUAUUAUUAGUUAGUUGCAUUAAAGAGCCUAACACUUGUGAAGUUUCUAGAAGUUAGUCUGAUUCUGCAAUUACAAAUAUAGUUUCCUUAAAGAUGACACAAUUUUACAACACAAUCAAAUAUUCAAUACACCAGUUAUAUUCAUAAGAUAACUGUCGGCAGACGUCUUCAAUAUUUUCUUGUUAUGUUCUUUAAAUAAAAGCAGAUUAGUUGUCGAUAGUUUAUUGUACUCACCGGCUGAAACUCAUUAAAGGAGCUGGGGAUUCUGGGUAAUAAGUGUGUAAUUAUAGCAGAGAAAAAUAAUUUAAUAUUGAACAAAGCUGCCGGGGACGAGGAAUGAAUCUUUCUGUGUAUAUGUUGGUUGUUUUCUUCUGGUAUUUAUUAUUUCUGAGUAAUUUCCGCUGUCACAUGACUACAGGUGUUUUCUGAUUGGAGCUGGUCGACGGGUUGCAGGACAUUGAGAUGCUUAUUUUUCAUAUUUAUAGGCGACAUUUGUAUUCAGGCUUAAAUGUAUCGGACAGAAUGACAGGCAGUCUUCUCUCUCUGGAGCUCUCACUGAUUUUCAAACCGGCUCUGUGUACAGUAUUUUUGUAUUGUAAGAAAUGUAUAAUUAUUAUUAUUACCAUUCCUGGUCGGGCGGAGGGAAGCGCGGGCUCAUUUCUUUCUUUGGUCUUCCUGUCAAUAUCAGAUGAAAAUAUUUUAUUGUACUUUCAAUCUUUUGAUAUGAAUAAAAGGAUGAUUAUUAUCAGGAUGAGUGAUGUUUAUCCUGUUUCCUCCACA